AUGGCUUCUGCACCACCAAACUCCCUCCUAGCUCGGUCGAGAUCGUUACGCUCAGCCAGCAACAGGAACCCGCCAGUAGCAGCGGCAACGGCAACAGCAACAGCUACCCCUCAAGCAGCCGCUACACCGACAAUUACCCCCAACCUUUCCAUCUUCCUGACGAAUCUGCGACUUCUCGACUUUGACUCGUACCCCGACUGGCCCGCCUUUGACGCCCAAACCUUUGCCAUCCAGAAGAGACGCAUUCAGAGCGUAGAAUGGGCCCUCUUCCAGCUCUUCGCCCUUUGGGAUCCCGAGGAGACACGCGUUAAACUGGAACCCUACUUCCCGCCCCGCGACCACGUGCAGUCCAUCAACCUCCGAUCCGCCCUGCAACGAUGUCUCGAACAAGCCAAGAAGAACGGCGCCCUCGGCCGCGACGCCGUCGUGCGCAAGACCAUGCUCGACGACUGCAAAGGCGACCGCCUCGAGGAGGUCCUCGCCGUCUUCUCCUCGGCCGUCCUCAAAAAGAUGGCCGCCGCCGCCUCCGAGGCCGAGGGCGAACACCCCACCAUCGCCGAGCAGCUGGCGCUCGAGAACAGGGGCUACGGCGGCGAGAGGGAUGAGCUCGUGGCCCUGGCGCUCGCCCACAGGGUGUCGCUGACGCACGUGCUGCGCCGCAAGAACGAGGCCCGCCGCCGCUACAAGGAUCUCAGCGAGCUGCUCGACAUCAAGGAGAGGAGCAUCGCGAGGAGACAGGCCGAGGCCGAGGCCGAGGCCUGCAGGGCCAACGGGCCGGGCGAGGCCGUCUCGGCGGAUGCGGUGCUCGACAUGCGGAGGAUGCUGCGCAAUAACUGGACCGGCAGCGAGCGCUGGAUGGAGACGCUGCUGCAGGGCGACGCGAGCGCCCGGCACGAUGGCGUCUUGUCCGCCCCCUUUGAUCGCGUCUGGCGGCGCGUCGAGGCUGGCCGCCUGUCAGAGCUCGAGGACCACGGGAAAGGACUGCUCGAGCAGCUCGAAGGCCGCGUCAAGGCGCAGCGGGAGAGUCUACAGAAGUGGCAAAACUUUCAGCAGAAGAUGUUUGGUCGCCAGCCGGACGUGAAGCCGCUGGCAGAAGCAGAGAAACGCAAGGAGCGCGGCAUCAAUCUCGGCUUCGGUGCCCACGAGACUCUACAUCUUGGACAGUUUCCUGUUACAGAGAAGCUCUCGCUGCAAGCUCCAGAGCUCGACCCCGUGCACGCCAGCAUUCUAGACGACUGCAAGAAGGACUUGGCCCAGAUUGGGGUCGUACGGAGGACAGACAUCAGGUCGUUGCUGGGGCCGCGCCUGCGCGAACCGACGCGGCCCGACAGGCUCUCUGUGGGCACGGACGGCGGCACCGAGGAGGGCGUCUCGGAAAUCAGCGAGUUGGAGGAGGAGGAGGAGGAGGAGGAAGAACCCAUCCUGGAAGCCGCCCUACCGCCGAAACCUGCCCAUAGAAGAAACAACAGUCAGUCUUCGGCGCCUUCCUCCUCGCAACGGAGCGAGCCACCAGCCGAUCCCCCACAGGAGCUUUCCAGACGGAGUUCCAACCGCCGCCCGGUCAUCCACCGCAAUACAUCCUCCAUCACUAAAGACCGUCCUGUCGUCAACCUGUCACGUUUCUCGUCACAGGGCUCCCACGCAUCGGGCAGCAAGACAUCCGACCGGCCCAGGAGUCGGUCCCCUGAGAAACCGACGCGGCCCAGCAUCAUCAUCGAACCAGAACAAACUCCCUCGCCCGAACCCCCUUCGCCAACACAAAACAUGGCAGACCAGAUUCUCCACUCCAUGGCCGCCGCAUCCCCCUCGCCCGUCAAGCAGAACAAGCCUCGGCACACCUUGUCCCUGGCCGAACGCACCCGCAUGUCCAUGGCCCGCAUGUCCUUUGGCGGCAAGGCCUUCACGCCCGAAGACGAAGACGAGCUCGACUUUAGGACGCUGCCCAUACGCCCGGCCCCCAUGGCGACGCCGACCGAGGAGGAGGACGAGGCGACCUUCGACCUCGGAGACAGCGCGCUUGACGAUCUCGCCUCGCGGACGAGGAAGAGCAUGGCCGGGUUCGAGGCCGCGAGAAAGAAGGCCCAGCUCGACCGGCGGCGCUCCCAGCGACAGUCGAGGCUGCCGCCACCGCCGAGACAGGAGGGGAGUCUGUUUCCCAAGGUCGAGGAAGAGACGACGCAACUGGAUGUUGACGCGUCGGUGCUGGCUGAUGAGCUGAUCCAGGGGGAGGACAUGGAGGCCGUGUUCAAGAGCCGGCCGAGGCUGCAGACGAGUCCGGCGGCGUCGCCGCGACGGCCCAUAGAGAGCGACGAGUAUCUGUAG